CGCCACUUUGUCUUGGUGAAAAUAUAUCUUGUGCUUUUGGUCAUAAAGCUUAAAAAAUCACAGAAUAACCAGUGAAAAUAUUUUAUACUGUUAAACUAUUGUUAUCUAAAACAUUCUGUGUUUAAUGAAAUUAAAAAUGCUUUUAGUCAAUAUCACUGUAUAAUUCUUCAAAGUUUUUCUCAUGCCUGUUAUUCGGUCCAUUUGUCCUAGUUUACUCUCUGCCAUUUUCUGGAUUUGUGCCUGCAGAUUUGUAUCACUUUGCCUGUCUCUGCAGCAUUAUUUAGCCUCAGCCUUAUUAGACUUGUUAGCAUUCUAUUGAAUUUGACUUACCCUUUGACGCGUACGUUCACACCGGUGUGAUCAGUCUUGGCUGGCCCCAGGAGCGUACGAUAACACCGGUGUGAUUAGAACGUUCCGCGCAUCACGUGAUCAACUGCCAAAUUCAAAUGUGCGCGCGCGCUUUGGCUGGCGCUAACCAAAGACGGAUGUGCGCAGCACUUUUAUAUAUAACAUUUAUGCAGUGUUUUCAACCAAAUAAAACAUUUAAAUACACAUUUCAGACAUUUAAAUACACAUGAGUACUAACAAAACAAUACAUUUAGAGUUUGUAAAAUACACAAUGAUGUCUAUAGAAGCGGAAAUAACAACCCUUUCCAUUAAAAUUAGACGACACGUUUUAUUCAUAUCAGAUACACAUUGUGAAAGUAACUUUAAAGUUUACUCUAUACUUCCCCAGUUGACUAGCUCACUUACUUUCAUGUAUUUCGGGAGAAGUGAAUGAAUUCACGUGUUGUAAAUCCAACAGAUCCGAUUCUCUGUGCGGCGCAAACUAACAUGGCGGCGCCCAUCGCGCAUUCAGCUCUACUAACGCGAUCGUUAUAAAGGUGUUUAAACAGCAAAACACAUCCACUUGCACAUAUUUGACAAUCGGAAUAUCAGAUAUUUCAUGCUAUAGUUAACAAAUUUGUGAAUAUUUUGAAUAAAAAAGGAAAAAUUAAAAGCAGAUCAUCAGUCAUACAGCGCUGUGCUGUUUUACGUGACAAGCAAUGACGCGGCACCAUGGAAACAAUAAAGUGGAACGUUCUAAAUAACGGUCGCCUUAAAAACUCACGCUGGGGGUCAGCCAGAAUAUUUUAAACUUACGUGCGAAAGGGUUAACAAAGCAUUGUCUGAUUGUUCUGUCCACGCUUGAGUCAUACAAACCUGUACUACCUGCGCUUUGAACCCCAUAUCCAAUCAUCUGAAGACUGAUAAUGUUGACAUACUCUUUACAGAAACGCCACGCUGGCCAAGAAAUUUUACUUAUUUUCAGUACCCCAAAUACAAGCACAUUCAGUGUAUUUUCAUUUACCCAUAUGACACUUAGAAAGUGUGUAAAUAAAUGUAUGUGCUAACAUUUCAUAGAAUAAAACUAUCUGCAUUGUCAAAUUAAGUGCAAAUAUUAGAGAAAAAAAUACUGUACACUGUACUCUUUUGCGCUGCUUCAGAUACUUUUUUCUUGCCUCUUCAGUUUAUUGGUUAAAGGUGUGUCUAAGACGAUUGUUAUCUGCUUAGACUGAAUCUGUCAGAGGUUUAAACAUGUGGACAGAGAGUGACGUGUAUCCAGGUGUGCCAUGUCUCCAAAGUAAUACAGAGCCUGUGAAUGGUACAGUAUACCGAAUGUAUCACGGGACUACUGAAAGAGCAGCAGAACAGAUCAAAGUUUCUGGCUUUCAGCCAUCUCAAGAUGGAAUGCUGGGACGUGGCGUCUACCUCAGCCGAGAUCUUAACAAGGCCAGCCGAUACCCACUUGACAAGCCGCAUGAGAGAGUUGUUAUUAGAGUGAAGGUCAAUGUUGGGAAAGUGAAGAAGAUUGACCAACAAGGUCAUCCACUGCAGAAAACCUGGCAUGAUCAUGGGUACGACACUGCCUGGUGUCCUCCAAACUGUGGGAUGUUGUCAAGUGAUCUUGAAGAAGACUGUGUGUGGGAUCCAAAGCAAAUCACUAUAAUUGAUGUAAUUCCACCAAGCCUUCAAAACACUAUUCUAUCUGAUCCAGUUGAAGGUAAAAACUACACAAUGUUUUAUGGCACAUCUAAGGAGGAUGCAGAAAAAAUCAAAGCUUAUGGCUUUUGUCAGUCUAAUGGCAUACUUGGACGUGGAGUCUACCUCAGCCGAGAUAUAGAAAAGGCCUUUAAUGUCCCUUUGUAUGUACCUGUGCAUCAGAGAAGUGUUCUGAGAGUGAAGGUUAAUGUUGGAAAAGUGAAAAGGAUUGAUUAUCAAGGUCAUCCAUUACAGAAAACCUGGCAUGAUCAUGAGUAUGACACUGCUUGGUGCCCUCCACACUGUGGGAUGCUGCGAAGUGGUCUCGAGCAAGACUGUGUUUGGGAUCCAAAACGAAUCACAGUCAUUGAUGUAAUUCGUCCAAAGUCCAAACUAAGGAGUAUGUGAUUUUGUUAGCUGAACAUAUAUUUUAUCCUACAAUAUAAUGUUUUAUUGAGAGUUUGAUCAUUAUACAGUGCUCUGCUGCUGACCAUGUCUUACAACAUUGAUAAUGUGAUAAAAUUAAUCAAAAAUAUGCCUACUUCAAAGUCCCCAUGAAAUCUAAAUUGAAGUUUUUUGGCUUUUAGUAUGAAUUAUGUUAGCCUUAAGGUUAUCUAUGAGCUAGUGUGCUCCAAAACAAUGACAAAAUUCACAUUUAUAAGAUACAAGCCUUCAGAAGUCUCUUGGUGACAUCACUCUACACUUCAGCUUCUCAUCAGAUUUUCUGCCCAAUCAAAUGCUUUCUAGAAUCUAAGCGUCCCGCCCCCAAACAGACGCUGAAGCUGUGGCUAAAAUCAGUCACUUGUUCACACAUUUACUAUUCUUUACAAUGGUACAUAGUGCACUAUAUAGGGGAUAGUGAACGAUUCAGACAGUGUAAAUAUGCUUUCCAUUUGGGGCGAAUGAAGUCUGGUUUCACAUUAGUGUUUGCUCCGGUCUAGAGACACGAUAGCACAGAGUGGAUUAUAUGCGCAAGUCGGCGCAGACCACAAAACGUAACAGACCCAUUUGAAUUCUGCACAGAAUGCUAUAUUUUAAAGUGAUAAUGGAGGAUAUUAGGAGGAGGAAUGGUUAUAGAUUAGGAGGAACUGCAGCUUUACUGAGCUCAGUGGCUCUGGCCUGAGCUGUGAUAUAAACUAAAGGUUAUUGGAUAUUUUUAAAAAAGGGGAGGAGCUGUUCGAUAUGUCCCACCCUGUCUUCCUGUUUCAAUGGAAAUGACAUCAACAUACUGAAUAAUGCUGCACUUUUCAAGGCACUUCAGUGGGCCUUUAAACACAUUUUAGUUGCCUUGAAAUUUUGUGUCAUAUAGGCCUACCUUUUUUAAUUUUGACACUACUUGUUCAUCCAUUGCUAAAAAGAAAAAUGUAGACUAUAAGUAAUGCUUUAUUUUUUGUAUUUUAUUUAAAUAAUAUUGAUUUUAAUAAUAGUGUAUUAUUGUAAUUAUAUUUCUGAAGCAACGUAAAAUCAAAAUGCAAAAUGGUUUUGGUAAAAAAGUGUUAAUAUGCCUAUAGUGUAAAUUAAGAUAUAAUAAAGAAAUAAAUAAUAACAUA